UAAUUAUUUAUUUAUGUUCUUCAUAAUUUCAUUUAUUUUUUGUCUGUACCAACCCAUAAACGUCAUGUCAAAAUGUGAUUGGUGGUUUAACGUGUCAAUCAGACGACCAAAGGCAGUGGUUACAGGUGUUACACAUCAAAUUAUUUUACCGUUUCCUUUCUAAUGUAUUUAAUCCAUAUUUACUUGAAUGAGAUCCAUUUGACAUGUGGACUAGUUAUUAAACUACUUUAAAAUUGCUAUUCUAAAACCAGUUUUCAAACAAAAAAGGAUUUGCUAAUACAAAUGGCCCACUAUCCGAAAUCACAGGUGUUUCUACAUCUUGCAACCUUACUUUGUGCAGUUGGGAGUAUUUCUGGUGAAUGUGAGAUAUCACAGUGUUCUGACCCGACUACCUGCGUUUUGUCGCAGAGGCGAACUUGUAAAUGUGCAGUUGGCUACUUUGGAGAUCUCUGUGACCAGGUCGCAACAAUGAAUGUGACGUGUGGCAAAGACUUUAUUUCCAUCCUUGUGGAUGAAGAGUUCUUCCAGUACUACAAUGUGGGAGUAGAGUCUGUUCAUCUGACUAACGCCAGCUGCCGUGCACAUAGAGAGAUCAUCUCUGGAUCAGCCUAUUUCGCAGUGCACACACCAAUGGACCAGUACACUGCCUGUGGAGGCAAACCUCUGGAGGUGGAGUACAAUUCACUUAAGAACAUAACGCACAUCGCAUACUCCUUAACGCUGAUGUCUGACCCACCUGUCUAUGGAAAUAUUGUGAGAGAUCCAGUGGUGCAGAUUGAGUACAAGUGCAUCUAUCCGUACAUCCGUCGACUCAGCCUGGCAUUUCCCAUCAUCUCUUUCUCCAGUGAAAGAGUGUUCAAGGUGGACGAAGUGGAUGCCAAAGUGGAGAUGAGCUUGUUUAAAGAUCACACAUACACUGAGGCUUUCACCAGCGCACCUACUAUUAAGCUUGGGGAUCAAAUCUACGUCCAGAUCCAAGUGACAGAACCAGAAGACUUCUUCCAUCUGAAAGUGAAUGAGUGUUGGGCUACUCAGACUCCUCAAGCUAAUGAUAAGACGGGCUUUAGCCACACACUGCUUCUAAAUGGGUGUACAAGUGACAAAACAACUUCAUUUGGUAAUGGUACGGCGCAUCCUGCGGGAAGAAACGGCGAGGGGUCGACUGUCCGCUAUUCGUUUGAUAUGUUUCGGUUUGCAUACGAGCCCCACAGUUUCUACCUGCACUGCACUGUGCAUCUCUGCACACCUGAGGAUGGAAAGUCUUGUAUUCCUGAAUGUAAAACUGUAUCCAAAAGAGAGGUGGUUAUGGAUGAGCAGGCUCAAGGCCUGCUGUCUUAUGGACCAAUCAGACAAGAGCUACCAGUCAGACCCAUGAUAAAUCUCCUCGCAUUGGUUCUUCCAUUGGCAGUGAUUUGGACACUGGGCAUCUUCCUUUUCAUCCUUAUCAGUAUUGCCAAAGCCGGAAAUCGACGACACAUGACAAAUAGCUAAAUAAAUCUAAUUUUCACCUAACACAUAAUUGUUUGUGUAGGGUACAAAAGCUACCUCAAGUACACAAGCUAGCUAUUAGCAUGCUAGCCCAGAGUGAAAACACUAUGAUAAUGAACCCUAAGUGAACAUUUUAAAUGUUCUAUCAUAGAAAUGUAGUUUUUGAAGCAAAAUUAGCUUGAAUAUGAUUUAAACAGAGACGGAUUUGUUUAGUCAGGGCUGCUGUUUUUUUUUUCUUGCGUACUAUAAAUCUCACUUUAUAUUUACAGUACUAAAUAUGAACAACAGGUGGCAGUGGGAACUAAAAAUGGACAUUUAGGGUUCUUUAAAUAAACACUUUUCAAUACAGUUUACUUUAUCUGCAUUUUCUAAUAUAUAUAUGGAUUGUUUCCAUAAAUGCACACCAUGAAUGGUAUCAUAAUAUCACAAAGGUAAACCGAGAAAGUGGGCAGAGAAUCGGGUGCGGCUGCGUGCUGCAGAUCGCAUGAGAUCCUCAUGAGGUUUCAUGCUCAUAUUUGGUGUCCUGCAACAGAUUAAGGAUCCUUUCGAGGACGCGCUGCCUGGUCCUCGACAUUUCCAGAUGGGUUUAUACAGGCGGUACUUAUAGCAACACGGAAACUGCAAUGCAGAUAUCAACAAGUGGUCUUUUUAUUCAGUAUUUAAUGGGUAGAUAGCUGCUGGUCAUGCUAAUGUUAUAGUUUACAAGCGCGCGCGCACCACUGGAGACCUAUUUGAACUGUUUGCACGGAUAGCGAAAACUUAACAGGAAUAAGAAAAAACGUCGUGCACUACUAAGUUGGUGGAUUUGUGGUCUGAGAAGAACAAUGACCUUAUUUUGGCGAUAAAAGACUGUAGGAUCUCCCAGGUUGCGAUCUAAUCUAAGCGGUUCUUGUGGUGGAGGAGGUGGUUGUGUGGUCGUUUGUCAUUGCUGCCCCGGGAGUGAAGAGAUGUCAGCCCGCAGGAGUAGAUCUCAUCGGUCGCUGCGACCCGUUACUAUAAUUUUCAUCCUGCUGUUUGUCAACAUUGCUGAAACAACUGCAGAAGAUGAUUCCUUCAA